UUUUUUAAGAAAAAUUAAAAAUAAACUUCAUAACCCCAAAAAUUUACUGUUCUUGUGUUGUGUUUAGGAAAAAUUAAAUAAGUAAAAAUGAAUUUAGUUAAGUUUCACAGGACAUUUAACAAGUUAAAACACUUAAAAGCAAGACAGUACUCACAGCCAGCAAUACUUGACCAAAAUGAAUACACAGAAACGCCUGAAUAUCCGCCUAUUCAGGAUUUGUCUCUUCAAUCGAGAAAGGCCCGUGAAAGGCAGUCAGUUUACGAUAAAAUAAGGAAAGUCAAAACCAUAGAAGAAAAGCAGAUUGCUCUGAACAUGCCUAGGUACUAUGGGUGGAAGUGUAUAAUGCUGACUGACCAGAAGGUUCCCUACAAUGCUAUGCCUGUAAUACAGUUCUACACAAGAAGUCACUUUAUACAAUCAGAAAAGCUUCCCGAUACCUACACAGAAACAGAAGCUAUUGCAAGUGAUAUUGUCAAAGAAAUUAAAUCAGAUGUUGAGGAUAUUAUUGCCAUUGAACAUGAAGGAGUAGAAAGGAACCUAACUGAUACGUCCAGUACCUUAUCAGAAGAACGUCAAAAAGAGAAUGUCAUUACCAAAAACAUUGUCCGACAGAUAAAUAGGACCAUAUCAAAUAACCUAUCCAGCAAAGCUUCUCACAUUCUUACAGCCCAGGUUGAUUAUGAUCCCCGUCAUGAAGCAUUCUGGAUGGUGGGUGGUGUAGACCCACCCAGGAAAGUAGUAAACUGGAGAAAGACUUUCAAAUGGUAUGAAGACAGAAUCAAUGAACCCAUCAACAGGCCAGUCCAAUACUUAGGCACUCCAAUGCUUACACUAAGAAAUGCUCUACCACUGAAACCAUUUAUACCAUACAGUGAAGCAGAGAACCCUGAAUUUAAAGUUCCACAAUUCUUAUACCAACCUCAAACAGUUGGGUACAGUACAGAAUUUAGGCAUGGGACCAAUAUACCAGGUUACUGGCCAGGUGACCCAGAAGAAUUUGGUCUCUUAUCAAUCCACAGCCGAGACUACAUAUUGGACAGAAAAGAUUUUGGGCCAGAAGACAACAUUGAAGCUUUGCACUGCCAGGCCCUGCAGGCCAGCUUCGGGUGGCUUCUAGCCCAAGCCAACUACCAGGGCUUCAACACAUACAAUGAUGUCACAUACCCACUGUCCACACAAACCAUCAUAACUAAUGGACAACUGUGGUCAUUCUAUGCAUACCAGCUGAAUACUAUAGCUUUUCACAAUGACCAAGUGGACAACCCCAAAAGCAAUGUUUGCUUUGGUACUAACCCUCUUAAACUUUACGAAAGCCUAGAGAAUGGUAAAGUCAAUGGUCUCAAUGAAGAUGUACUGAAAAUGAUCAUUCAAGUGUAUCUGAAUAAACCUGAGGAAAGAGACUAUGACAUGAAACCUUAUCUGGACAAGGAAGAACAGGUAGUGGCUGACAUUGAAGAUGACAACAAACGCUGCUGGCUAGAGGACAGAUUCAAACAUCUAGUUUCUAACAAACCUAAGCACUACUUAACACCUGAGAUAUACCACUGGGAGUAUAUUUACAAAAUUCAGAACAAAACAAGAUUCUUUGAACGUAAAGUGAGGCCAUUUGAGAGAGGAAUAAAUCCAUUUGACAGGAAAUUGAAUGAGCAUCUUCCUCCUUAUAUACCGAAGGCUCUUCGUCCUUAUCCAAGAUGCAGAAAGAAGUUUGAGACAACAUACUACCCAGAUGUUUAAUGUAAGAAUACUGUAUAGUAGUUUUUUUAGGAAUUUAGAAUAAAUUAUUAAUUGAG